AUGGAAAACAGUCCCUUUAUAAAACAACUAUCUUCUAACAACAGAGUUGUGAGAGAGAAGGCUCUUGAAGCUUUACAAAAAGUGCUAACAUCUGAGAAGUUUAUGAAAGCUAAACAAAUCCAAUAUGAAAAACUAUGGAAGGCUUUAUAUUACACUAUGUGGUUUAGUGAUCGUCCAAGACCUCAACAGAAAUUGGCUCGUCAACUAGGUGAGUUAUUCAUGCUAUAUGCUAAGGAUAGUGACAAUGAUUCUUCUGAGAUCCUUCUAUCAGACAAAGCCUUUAUGAAGUUCUGUAGAGCCUUUUGGAAAGUGAUGUGUUUAGAGUGGUUCAAUAUUGAUAGAUAUAGAUUGGACAAGUACCUAUUAUUAGUGAGACGUGUAAUGUUCAACCAGUUGAAAUAUUUACAAACUAGAAAUUGGAAUGAGACAUUAGUAGAAAUGUAUAUCGAUAAAGUGUUAAAGCAUUCUCCAUUGAGUGGGUCAAGUAAGAUAUACAAUGGUAUUCCCUUCCAUAUUAUAGAUAUUUUCUUAGAUGAGUAUGAAAGAUUGGCAUCCAAUAGAGAUGAUGAAUUUGAUGUCGAAGACGAAAUUACUGAUGAAGACAAGAUCGCAGAGUUAUUGAAGGAGACUCCAUUACAAUCAUUCGUUGAUAUAUUCAUUGAUUUACAAAAGGAUAUAAUGAACAGUAAAGGUCUAAGAAAUAAGAUCAAAGAAGAUCUUCUCUCCGACGAACGUCUAACCCAAUGGGGCGCUAAGGGAAUAGAUGCUUCAAGAAAUAAAGAACAAAAUGAUAGCGAUAAGGAAGAGGAAGAAGUAGUAGAUGCAAACGCUGUCAAUGCUGAAGAUGAACCUGAAGAAGAAGAAUGGAAAGGUUUCUAA